CCUGUCUGUCCACGCGAACGAUUCGUUCAAGCCGGGGGCGCCUGGAGGAUUCUGCCAUGGGGCUGUGGCCACGCUUUUUCCUCCUAGGGCUGCUGCUUCUGGGGCAAGGGACCACCCAGGCCCAUACCUCUGCUGGAGGGAACGCAUUGGAAGAGCAGCUAUGGCCAGAGUUGCAGACACUGAAGAAUUUUCCAUUCCAAUGCAACCAAAAGAGGCUGGGAUCCAGCGAGCCUUCUACGUCAGUCCACUCACUGAGACCAUCCGAUAUUAAAUUUGUGGCAGCCAUUGGCAAUGUGGAAAUUCAUCCAGACUCGGGGACGGUCGAUGUGGAGAUGCACAAAUGGGCUGAAAAAUGGUCACAGCAGGUGUGCACGGGAGUGGUGACAGUCCUUUCAGAUAUCAUCAGACGUUUCAGUCCCUCUCUUCCGAGGCCUGAGUAUGCUGGGAAAACAGUGAGGCCUGGUGCUAGCGCUGAGGACUUACAGAAUCAGGCAAAAGAACUGGUGAGGAGCAUGAAAGAGAACCAGGAACUUGACUUUCAAAAGGACUGGAAGCUUAUCAGUGUGUUCUUCAGUAACACAAGCCAGAGUCACCUUUGUCCCUCCGCCCAACAGAGGCAGCGGCCACUUGAGGAUCCCACCACCCUCGCCUUGAGCCUCUGGAACAGUAUGAUGGAGCCAGCAGGACAGAAAGGUGAACCAUUUAGUGCAAAAGAGAGCAGGCUGGUGAAAUGUCCCUCUCAGGAGAAACCCUAUCUGUUCACCUACAGGAACAGCAAUUACCUGCUCAGGUUGCCAAAACCCCACGAGAAGCUUGAGGCUAGGGAUGGAGUGGAAGUCAGGUGCCCUGACAAGGAUCCCUCUGACACGGUUCCCACCUCAGUUCACAGGCUGAAGCUGGCUGACAUCAAGGUGCUCGGAGCCCUGGGGGACUCUCUCACGGCUGGUAAUGGGGCCGGGUCCAAACCUGGGAACGUCUUGGACGUCUUGACUCAGUAUCGAGGCCUGUCCUGGAGCGGCGGCGGCGAUCACAACCUCAGCAGCGUCACCACCCUGGCGAACAUCCUCCGGGAAUUCAGCCCUUCCCUGAAAGGCUUCUCUGUUGGCACCGGGACACAGAACAGCCCUGGAGCCUUCCUGAACCAGGCUGUGGCAGGAGACCGAGCUGAGGAUUUACCUGUUCAGGCCAGAAAGCUGGUGGAUCUGAUGAAGAAUGACAUGAAGAUCAAUUUCCAGGAAGAUUGGAAGAUAAUAACCCUGUUUAUAGGAGGCAACGACCUCUGCGAUUUCUGCGAUGACCCAGUCCAUUAUUCUCCCCAGAACUUUGUGGACAACAUUGGGAAGGCUCUGGACAUCCUCCACGCUGAGGUUCCUCGGGCAUUUGUGAACCUGGUGAAGGUGCUGGAGAUCAUCAACCUGAGGCAGCUCUACCUGGAGAAGAAAGUCAGCUGCCCGAGGAUAAUCCUCAGGUCUCUGUGUCCCUGUGUCCUGAAGUUUGAUGAUGACUCAGCAGAACUGGCCUCCCUCAUCGAAGUGAAUAAGAAGUAUCAGGAGGGGACUCAUCACCUGGUUGAGAGUGGGCGAUACGACACAAGGGAAGAUUUUACUGUGGUCGUACAGCCAUUCUUUGAAAAAGUGGACAUGCCAAAGACCUCGGAGGGGUUGCCUGACAGCUCCUUCUUCGCUCCCGACUGCUUCCACUUCAGUAGCAAGGCUCAUGCCCACGCAGCCAGCGCCCUCUGGAACAACAUGCUGCAACCUGUCGGCCAGAAGACAACUCGGCAUAAUUUUGAAAACAAGAUCAAUAUCACGUGUCCCAACCAGGCCUGGCCCUUCCUGAGCACCUACAGGAACAGCGUGCAGGGUCAUGGGAGCCAGCUACUGUGUGAGGACAGGAUGCCUUCUGCCUCGCCGCCCACCUCGGUGCAUGCCCUGAGACCCGCAGAUAUCCAAGUUGUGGCUGCUCUGGGGGAUUCUCUGACCGCUGGCAAUGGAAUUGGCUCCCAACCAGAUGACCUUCUUGAUGUCACUACUCAGUAUCGGGGGCUGUCAUAUAGUUCAGGAGGGGAUGGCUCCCUGGAGACUGUGACCACUUUGCCGAAUAUCCUUCGGAAAUUUAAUAGAAAUCUCAAAGGCUACGCGGUGGGCACGGGUGAUGCCAGUGAGACAAAUGCGUUUCUCAAUCAGGCUGUUCCUCAAGCAAAGGCUGAGGAACUCACGAGCCAAGUCCAGACCCUCGUACAGAGGAUGAAAGAUGAUCACAGCAUGCGUUUCCACGAGGACUGGAAGGUCAUCACGGUGCUGAUCGGAGGCAGUGAUUUGUGUGACUACUGCACAGACUCGAAUCUGUAUUCUGCUGCCAACUUCUUCAACCGUCUCCGCAAUGCCUUGGACAUCCUGCAUAGAGAGGUCCCCAGAGCCCUGGUCAACCUCGUGGACUUCAUGAACCCCAGCAUCAUGCGGCAGGUGUUCCUGGGGAACCCAGACAAGUGCCCGGUGCAGCAAGCCAGCGCUCUGUGUAACUGUGUCCUGACCCCUCGGGACAGUUCCCAAGAGCUGGCCAGGUUGGAAGCCAUCACCCAAGCCUACCAGAGCAGCAUGCGUGAGCUGGUGGAGUCGGGCCGCUACGACACGAGGGAAGACUUCUCGGUGGUGCUACAGCCAUUCUUCCACAAUGUCCAGCUGCCCAUCCUGCCGGACGGGCGCCUGGAUAUGACCUUCUUUGCCCCAGACUGCAUCCACCCAAGUCAGAAAUCCCACUCCCAGCUCUCCAGAGCCCUUUGGGCCAAUAUGCUUGAACCACUAGGAAGGAAAACGGAUACCCUGAACCUGACGGCAGAUAUCCCCCUCUCCUGCCCCACUCCGAAUGAGCCCUUCCUGAGAACACCCCGGAACAGUAACUACACUUACUCCACCAAACCAGCCAUUGAGAACUGGGGCAGUGACUUCCUGUGUAUGGAGUGGAAUCAGUCCAGCAGUGUCCCCACCUCGGUCCAUAAGCUCCGACCAGCAGACAUUAAAGUGGUGGCCGCCCUGGGUGACUCGUUGACUACGGCGUUGGGAGCCCAUCCAGGCAAGUUCGGUGACCUACCCACAUCCUGGAGGGGACUCUCCUGGAGCAUUGGAGGGGACGGCACCUUGGAGACUCAUACCACACUGCCCAAUAUCCUGAGGAAGUUCAACCCUUCCAUCCUUGGGUUCUCUACCGGCACACAGGAGGACACAGCAGGCCUGAAUGCAGCAGUGAAAGGUGCCAGGGCCCGGGACAUGCCAGCCCAGGCCCGGGACCUGGUGGAGCGAAUGAAAAAGAGCCCGGAAAUCAACCUAGAGAAAGACUGGAAGCUGAUCACACUCUUCAUUGGGAGCAAUGACUUGUGUCAUUACUGCGAGAAUCAGGAGGCCCUACCAGCUGAGGAGUAUGUUCAGCACAUCCAGCAGGCCCUGGACAUCCUCUAUGAGGAGCUUCCGAGGGCUUUCAUCAACGUGGUGGAGAUCAUGGAGCUGGCUGGCCUCCACCAGGGCCAAGGCGGGAAAUGUGACAUGCAAGUGGUGGCUCAGAGCAGCUGCGCUUGCCUCGGACGCACCCAGAGCUCCCGGGAGAUGCAGGAACUGAAGAAAGUGAACUGGAACUUCCAGAGUGGCAUCUCCCGGCUGACCUACCAGCAACAGUACCUUCAGCGCGAGGACUUCGCCGUGGUGCUGCAGCCAUUCUUCCAAAACACUCUCAUCCCCCUGAAUAGCAGAGGGGGCGCUGACCUCACCUUCUUCUCCGAUGACUGCUUCCACUUCUCAGAGCGCGGUCACGCCGAGAUGGCCAUCGCCCUCUGGAACAACAUGCUGGAACCCGUGGGCCAAAAGACGACCUCCAACAACUUCACCCACAGCCGAACCAAACUCAAGUGCCCCUCUCCUGAGAGCCCUUAUCUCCACACCCUGGGGAACAGUCAGCCACUCCAAGACCAGGCUGAUGCAGGCCCCGGGGUGCUCUCCUGGGCUGUGCCAGUGGCGGCGGGAGGUGGCCUUGCAUGUGGCAUAGGUGCAGUGAUGGCAUGGAGGGCCAUGAGGGGUCGCCAGAGAGAACAUCCUGCAAUGAGCCUGAACACCAUGAGCUUCUAGGCCACGUUCAGGAGCUCAUCCUAAAUUCCCAGCAUCGUUCCUCUCCACCCUCUACCUUGGCCACCCCCGCCACCACCAAGAGUGCUUGCUUCAACACCUGGUGAAACAGGAUGCCACAAGGACAGUCGUGACUUCUGGAGUCUGGGGCCUAUGAUCCUGGAAUUGGCAAAUUUAAAUAAAGGUCAAAGCCGUUCUAUUCUUGGGUUAGCCUGCCUGAAGUGCUCACCUUCCAUCUGUCGAGCAGCACAGGUACGGGAGCUGGAGUCUUUCAUCACCUGUCUCAGCCAGAGCUACUCGAAUGACAGGCAACCAGAGCCCAGACCAGCCCAUCAGGCUCCAGCCAGCACCCGAUGAGCGUAUGCUCAGUCACCAAACCCACUAUUUCAAACUCUGGCCAGCAUUCAAAAGAAUCCGAUACCUGUUAUACACCUGUUCUGUCCUCAGGACAAUGCAGAGCAGUGAGGUAACUCCAAGGCUGUGCAUGUCCUGGCCUGGCCAGGAGGACAAACUUCUUCAUAAAACAAGAAGCUCCAUGACAGUGUGCAAUUCAGUACUGGGGCAUUUGUAGGUAAAUGUGUCUAAUUGCUCUCAAGAAUAGGAUAGUUCCCUGGGGAAAGUUAUCUGGAAGAGAGCAACUUUGAAAUGUCAAAAAAGUAAAAAAGGAUUGGGACGUGAAUACGUCACAUAUCCUCAACCUGAUUUUUUCAAGGAGCUAAAUUUAGGAAAGAAUUCAUCCUUCUACAUUAUCAGGUGUCUAAGAGAAAGCUAGAGAGCCUGAUAAUACAGGCUGGAUUCAUGUAGCCCCUACUAGGGGCAAGGCCUCAUGCUGCACAAAAAUAUCCUGGCGGGGGAGGAGCAGGGGAGAGAGAAGUUUUGAAAGUAGAAGUGGUGGUUGCACAACAUUGUGAAUGUACCAGCUGCCACUGAACGGUUCACUUAAAUGCUGAUUGUAUGUCAUAUGAAUUUCACCUCAACAAAAAAGCAAUCCACUAUCAUCUAUGCUCUGAGUAACUCUCUGUCAUCCCUAGCUUUGGGAUGGCAAAAGAGAAAAGUGAAUUAGAACCCCUGAUGUACAUUUGAAUAUGUGGCCUUAGGAGCAAAUCCCAUCACUAGCCUGAUCCUGUUUUUCAGAGUCCUCAUCUGUAAAACUGGAAAGUACCCCUUUCGUCUGCCUCCAGCACUGCUGGAAAAUGACAAACCACGGACAAACCAACCAUGCUCUGUAAUCUAAGACACUACAUGCAUGAAAGUGAAAAUGGGCUCUUUUUCCCUGUGAGAGUUGAGAUAGGAUCCUGGCUGUCAGGGAAAUGGAGAGGUCCAGAGAUGGGUUUCAGAGAUGGGCAGCAAUAAAUGAAUGAAGGCUGCCUGCCUUCUUCUCGGGAUUCAGCAUGUUGUCCCUCUUUGGCAAAACAGAACAGUCCCCAGAAGACCUAGCUCCAGUUGUAGUGUUCUUCUGGGCUCCAAUUUCUGUUUAAUGGGAAGAGCAUACCAUCCCCCACAUCUUCUAUGGACCGAAAAACAUAGUGGGUGAAUCACACGUGUCCUAAAGAACUACCACACCCCACCUUGUGUUCCUGGCUUGACACAAGAUAACAAUAAAGA